AUGGCGGACGAACAMGUUGAUUUACUACAAAAUAUCGUUUCUAAAUUUCCUGAUGGUAUAGCAUUAGCGUUUGCUUAUGGCUCGGGAGUAUUUAAACAAAAAGGUAACAUUUCACCAGAAAACAUGAUMGAUUUUGUGUUCGUUGUGAACGAUUCACGUGAAUGGCACUCGGAAAACAUAUUUUUUCACCCUUCACAUUACUCUUUCGUUGGRAAUAUYGGAACAAAUGCUGUGGUUACUGUYCAGGAUAACUAUGGUGCAGGUGUUUACUACAAUACUCUAGUCCCAUUUCAAGGWAGAAUGAUAAAAUACGGUGUAAUGAAUGUAGAGAACUUUGAGCGUGACAUGYGUGCRUGGGAAUGGCUGUACAUCAGUGGACGGCUGCACAAACCUGUGCAAAUCAUCCACCGUAAACAAGGAUCCACAAUAAGAACUCUACUAAAAGAAAACCUGGCUAAUGCUGUGGAUGCAGCGCUGUUGUGUUUACCAGAGAAGUUCGACGAAGAGGAUUUAUACAUGWCCAUAUCAUGGCUGUCUUACGCAGGAGAUUUCAGGAUGAUAUUUGGAGAAGAUAAAGGAAAAGUAAAAAAGAUAGUUCAUUCAAACAUGCAAGGAUUUCAAGAKCUUUACCAAAACWUACUUUCUAAAAGAAAUGAYGURGCAGUWUUGCCAGGUGGAUUSCUYCAGCAGGACAACAGUACUUAUAAUACAUAUUCAAUCUUGCAACGUUUGCCAAGCACAUUAUUGAGAAGAGUUAUCAAAUAUGCCACAAAUGAAAUCAGUGGUUCAGAUGUUUUGAAUGAGUUAGCAAAAGACAGACUAAAGUGUGGUGCAUUUAUACGUAAGGGUGUGGGAGAUAUUGUAUUGAAAUCCAGCAUAGUACAAAGUUCUAAAGGUAUUCUUACAGCUGGGCUGUCCAAGACACUGAUUUAUAGUUCRUUAAAGGUUCAAAAGAUGCUCCGAGGAAUGGUGAGAUGAAUGUAGCUCAAUGAGGAACAAUARUGUUUGAAUKUCAGUUGAAACWAAUAUUAAUUUGUGGUCUUCUUACUWGAUAACUUUGAUUGCAACUCACUUACGGAAUUGCAAAUUUUGAACAUCAUAAUAAUUUUGUUAGUUAAWUUGUUAUUAAAUGUUUGAAUUUUAAACAAAUUUUUCACUCUAACAGUUGUUAUAUUUGAACCAGAGAACUUUUUGCAAAUUGUGUAUUUUACUAGGCAAGCAAUAUUUGAUAUAAAAUUAUUUUCAAAUAAUGUAGCAGUGCAGUUCUAAAUAAUGGUUGAAUCAGCUAAUCAUCUGUUUUUGAAUUACUGGGUUUUCUUUAGUUYCAGAUACAGAGUAAUAAGAGGAAGCAAGCCAUUAAGCUAGUGUGAGCUGUGUCUUUCUAAUGAAGCAGUUUCAUAAAAAGAUAAAACACU